AAAUAAAUAAAUAGAUGGUGAUAAUGAUGAUAAUCUGUGGUGUAUUUAUAUUAUAUUAUAUUUGAAAUCAUAAAUCAUAAAAUAUAUCUAAUUAUAUAAUAAUCUUGUUCUGUUUGAAAUAAAUAGCUUAAAUUACUACUGUUAAUGCUGUGAAGCUAUUACUAAUACUAUAGAUAUUAUUACUACUAGCUAAAACAGUAUAAUUUUUUUUUUUUUUUUUUUUAAAAAUUUCUUACUCUUUUAUAAUAAUUUUAGAUAUACUGGAUUUUUUUCUCAUUUUUCUCAUUUUUCUCAUUUUAUUUAUUUUAUUUAUUUUUAUGCAACCACAAUGUCUAGUCCCCUUGUCAUGACAUCUACCUUGGAAGCUAAUUGUGGAAAAGACAUUAAUACAUUGGGUCAAUUUGACGAUGUUUAUCAGUUCCCAAGACAUCGCUUACCAACUGCAAUGAAAGAUGAAUCCAAGAUUCCUUUGAUUAUCGUUGCAUGUGGUUCUUAUUCUCCAAUGACCUAUCUUCACCUCCGAAUGUUUGAAAUGGCACAAGAUCAUUUUAAUGAAAGAAACGAAUAUGAACUAUUGGCCGGAUACUAUUCUCCGGUCUCGGACGCAUACAUGAAAGAAGGACUAGCCAAGGCAAAAGAUCGGGUCAAGAUGUGUGAAUUGGCAGUCGAUAGUACUUCUGAUUAUCUGAUGGUUGAUUCCUGGGAGUCAAGACAGGUUACUUAUCAGAGAACAGCAGUUGUGUUGGAUCAUUUUGACCAAGAGUUGAAUAUCAAGGCCAAGGGUAUUCAGAUGAAGAAUGGUGAGAUGCGUCAAAUAAAGAUCAUGCUGCUGGCUGGUGGUGAUCUGAUUGCCUCGUUUGGUCACCCAGGUGUAUGGGCUCCUGAAGAUCUUCAUCACAUUGUGGGUCAUUUUGGGUGUGUGAUUAUCGAGAGAACUGGCACAGAUGUGUAUGGCUUCUUGCUUUCCAAUGAUGUUCUUUACCAACACCGAAUGAAUGUUAUAGUCAUUAAACAAUUGAUCCAUAACGACAUUAGCUCUACAAAGAUCAGACUAUUUGUCAAACGUGGAAUGUCUAUCAAAUAUCUAUUACCAAACCCUGUUAUUGCUUACAUCUGUGAGCACAAACUAUAUUCACCACCCAGUCUAGAUUCAUAAUAUAGAUAGAUAUGCUGUUAUUGUUAUUAGUAUUUGAUUUUCUUUAAAAAAAAAAUUUCAUUAGAUUCCCCCUCCCACACACACACACCUCUUCCUCCUUUACCGAAUCAUCUUUUUGACUCCUCAAUUCCCCUUUAACUUUUAUAUAUAUAUAUAUAUACUUCACUCAAACCUCCUUUAUUCUUAUUCUUUUAUCCUUCAAAUUGCCAACCAAAAUAUAAAUAUCACUAUUACUGUUACUAUUACUAUUACUACUCUUACUUCCUUUACCCCUCUUUAUAACGAUCAUAAACAAAUACAUAUAUAAAAGAAGCUUAAAAGAAAAAAAAAACAACAACAUUUUAUUCUC